CUGUGUAAAAUUGGCUGUUGAGGGAUUGGUUGAUGAAUUAAAUCCCAGCGGGUUUGGGCGGUGCCAUAUCCUGUGUGGCUCAGCUGGAAAACAGAGAAGCAACUGGAAGCUGCUCAUUGAUUCAUCCCAGCGCAGCCUUGAGCUACACGAACCUGUGCCAUAUGAGCGCUACCAGCGUUAGCUAGCUAACUCAGUCAUUCAGCUAGCUGGCCAUUGCAUUGGCUUACCAACUACAAUGCCACACUCGAGUCAUUAAAAGUGGCUCUCCAGAAUGUGAAGCCCUUCCUGCAUUGUGUGAACCAGCAGGAAAACAGACAGUCAUCAGUGGUGCAACGGACGCGGUGGCUCUGCAAUAAGGAUCAUGUUGUGGGCUUGGCUGGUUCUGCCUGCCCUGGUGCUUCUCUCGGAGCUCUCUGUGGUGAGAGUCCAGACUUCGCCAUGCCAGACCUGCCGGAAACUUGCAGAGAGUUUCAUUAAGGGCUUGGAGAAAACAUCCAACAAGAACUUUGGGGGAGGUAACACUGCCUGGGAAGAACAAAAGCUGGCUAAGUAUGCACACAGUGAGACUCGUCUCCUAGAGAUAGUAGACGCUGCUUGUGAGAAAUCAGAUUUUGAAUGUAACCAGCUGCUGGAGCAGAUAGAGGACCAAGUGGAGACAUGGUGGUUCCACAGGCAGCAGGAGGCACCAGACCUUUUUGAGUGGCUGUGCAUAGAGGAGCUGAGACUCUGCUGUCUACCUGGACACUUCGGGCCUGACUGCAAAGAGUGUCCCUCUGGCCCUGGUGGUGUAUGUGGAGGUCUUGGCCGCUGUGAAGGGGAGGGGACUCGCCUGGGAGAUGGAGAAUGUGUCUGUGAUCCCGGAUACUCCGGCCGUCUGUGCCAGAGCUGUGCUGAUGGCUACUACAGAGAGAAAAGCGCUAACGACAGCACAGGAGCCUGUGCAGCUUGCUACCACUCAUGUAAGAAAUGCUCAGGGCCGCAGGACUACAAAUGUCUUGACUGCAAACCCGGCUGGAUCCUUCAUGACAACAAGUGUGUGGACAUUGACGAGUGUGGUACAGAGCUGGCUCGUUGUCCAUCUAACACCUACUGUCACAACACAGAGGGAUCAUAUGAAUGCAGAGGCUGUGACCAGGCAUGUGUGGGCUGCAUGGGUAGUGGUCCUGCCCGCUGUAAGAAAUGCUCACGUGGCUACAGAUUGAAAGGAGCAAAGUGUCUCGAUGUAGAUGAAUGUAGUGAACGUGCGAUAGCGUGCCCCGGACUCAAUGAGGCCUGUAUCAACGAAGAGGGCUCCUUCCACUGUGACUGUGCUGAUGGAUUCAUUAGAAGAGAUAGCAUCUGUGUUGAGAACAAGCCUCCUGCUGGCCCAGAGAAGGGGCUGUUCGACGACAUGACAGACGACGAGGUCCUUGUACUGCAGCAGAUGUUUUUUGGCGUUGUAAUCUGUGCCCUAGCUACACUCGCUGCUAAGGGUGACAUGGUUUUCACCGCUAUUUUCAUUGGAGGUGUGGCUGCUAUGGCCGGAUACUGGCUGACCGAAAAGGGAGACUACAUGCUGGAUGGAUUUCUGAAGGGACGCUAGACUGGGGCCACAAUUUGAGAAAGGACCUUGGAAUACCAGCCAGUUAGGGUGAAUAAGACUCAACUGGGGGCAGGAAACUAUCCCUACAAUGCUAGCCUUUCAGGGACUCAUUUGGGAUAAGGGGAGUUACUUUAAAGGGCUUGGGUUAAUUUAUGUAUAUGGAUAGGAUAGCGCAGGAAAACAGAACUUGAAGGCUUUGAAGCCAAGAAUCUUGAAGAGGAAUAACAAAGCAACACUGCACUGAUAUAAAGGAACUGAACUUAAUCACCUACCUCAACUUUGUUGGGAACAAGGGUGACAUGAAGACCACUACUGAUUGUUAAAAUCUAUUAUGCAUUUGGAUGUCUCAUUUCCAUUUUUUUUGAUGUCGCUCAUGAAAUGAUGUCAUUUUCUUCCACACAAUCAAAAUCUCCAAUUACCGUGUCCAUAUUUUUCAUUAUUUCAGUGCUACAAAGCAGAGGUUUUCCCAUAGACUGAAUGGUACGGAAGUUUUGUUUGUGUGGGCAUGGGGUCGGAUAAGGGAAUUUUAGGAAUAAUCACCCUAAAAAGAAAGCUCAGCGAAACUCUGGGAUAUUUCCCUUUUGAACCACUGGUUAUUUAUGUUCACAGAAUUACUUUUUACCUCCUUACUUAUUGGAUGAUUCUUUUUUAGUAAUAAUGCAUGAAAAUAGGAUUUGAAAUGAAAAGUUACUACACUGUAUUUAUUUAUUUUAUUGUUUUACUUUGGCAUGGAAGAAUGACUUUGACAGCUGCUGGAUCACCAACACUACUGACAUCAACCACUUAAUGAGUGUGUGAGGAAAUGUACUUGGGUACAUACCAGCUCUGAAGUGGAUGGUCAAAGCCAUUUUUUGUUGCCUUUUAAUUUAUUUUGAAGCAAUAUUUAUUGGGAAGAUGUUUAUCAUAUUUUGCUCUUGAAAUUUCCUUUGCAUAUUUUUGUGUGCAGUUUCUUUUCAAUUGUAAUUCUAGCAGCAGAUAUAGUAGCAUCAUGUAGGAAAGCCACUGAAGCAUCACUUCAUACCCGUCCAUCUCAUUUAUCUUUGUGGACAACUUUCCACUCUAGGAAAACCAGAGUCAUUCAUUAUAGAUGUUUGCUUUACAAUAAAAAAAAAAGUCUGUCACUCUU